AUGUUUCGUGGCGCUAUCUUGCUCCUGCCGGCAAUCUUAAUUUCAUCGGCAGGCGCUGAUGCCCGGUUACCGAUCGACCAAGAAGUGCGAGAUGGUCUAACCGAAGCAGUCGAUUUGAAACAACUGGAAGCGAUCGCAAACGCCGAGUUCGCCGAAUACAAGGCCUACCUGGACGCGUAUGUAUCGAGAGAGUGCGGCGAAGCGACGGAGUUCUACCAACCCCAUCUGCCCGAGGACCAAUACCCAAAGCUCGCGCUGGAAUUGCAGUCGAAAUUUAAUGCUAAGAACGUAACGAAUGUGCGACGGGUGGCUGAGUUGUUCUUGUCGUAUUGGCAUCACGCCGGGUCCUCCUACGAGUCUUUCGCUUGUGGAACCCGCGGCAUCUGCCGAACCUACAUCACGAGCGGGUUAAUGGCGGUCCACUUUUGGUGGGGCAAUGCGCGUAUGUCGACGAAGGAGGAAAUCGACAAUUGGAUGGUGAAGACGAAAGAUGGGUCUGGUCUGAUUGAGCGGUUCCGCGCGAAGAUCUUCACUCCUAGGGAUAUUUUCGAUGGCGACAAAUUCGUAGUAUCCAAAUUUGACCUCGGCUUGGCGGACGAUGUGAUGCCCGCCUACACAGUGAGACUUUGGAAAAACGAUGAUUGGAAAACAGAAUGUACUUGGCCCAUGGCACCGGCCCCAGAACUCGGUGGGCAGAUAAGGCACUUGGAGUGGCAUGACUUUCUAACCCGACACCACCAAGCAAUGGUCCCACUGAAUCUGGGAAGCUUUCUUCUUCUGACGCUGACAUAUCUAUGCUUCGUUGUGGCAGGCGACCCGAUGCGUAAUGUUACGAUCAAUGGUGGAGCAUGGGUAUGCGCCGAUGGCCAACAGCCGAUCUCAGUCACUGUCUCGGCUAGGGACUCGAGCGGCAAGGAUGAGAAGAGUCCGCAGGAAUGUCGGGUGACCUGCCUGGCUAAUUAUAUGGUGCGGCUCACUGCUAUCGAGUUUUUCGUCAACUUUAAGUGCCCGGGCACUCAGAAAAUGCCGGAGGUUUACUGCUGGUCGACCCUGUUUCCGGCACCCAACGGAAACGAAGAGCCCGCCGCCUACGGGAUCACGCUAUUUGGGAUGCUCGGCGAAAGCAUAGAAGUUAUGAAUCGCGAGCCAAUUCUGUAUGCAGGGAUGGCGAAGAGGGCGGAUCGUAAGACCUACGGAGAAAUAAUGACCCUCGGUAAAUGCACGUCCUUC